CGUACAUUAAUACAAGCCAAUGGGAGCGCGUCGUGGUCGCAGUCUCUUACCGCUACACCCACAUUACUUUUAUGUCGAGCAGAUCGCGGGAGUUGUCACCACAGGAGCGGUCGUCUCUUUUCAAGAAUUACCAAUUGUAAACGGGAAACUAGAAGGGCAACCAUGUCUGACAGAAAGGCAGUGAUCAAGAACGCUGACAUGUCGGAGGACAUGCAGCAGGACGCCGUGGAGUGUGCCACGCAGGCCCUGGAGAAGUACAACAUCGAGAAAGACAUUGCUGCGUACAUCAAAAAGGAGUUUGACAAGAAAUAUAACCCAACCUGGCACUGCAUCGUUGGGAGGAACUUUGGCAGCUACGUGACUCAUGAGACCAAGCAUUUCAUUUACUUCUACUUGGGUCAGGUGGCCAUCCUGCUGUUCAAGUCCGGCUGAGGGACGCAUUAUUUUUCCGACACCAGCUGACCAUACAUACAGUACUGACUGACUGGACAAAGGCACUUAUCAUUCCUUGGCAAGGGGCCGCUGCCUUUUUCUGUGCUGCUUUCUACUUUGUUCUGUUUUUAAGGAUAUCAAAAUAAAACCGUGGCCAUGUUAAAGAGAUAAAACACUUCUAUUUAUUUUUGUCUUGUUACAUGACAUGUAAUUUUUUUAAAAUAAAGCAUAGCUGUUAAGCUGCCUGCG